AUGCGCGGCAAAGGUGCAUCUAAGCGACAGACCAGGGACGGGAAGUAUCGUGUCCCGGCCGAAGCCACCGACUCUCAUGUUCACAGUGUAACGCAUAAUCGCGGAAAGUCUUUCGCGGCAUCGGGUCCAGACCCCGACAUUGGCGAGAUGGGCGUCAACAUCAAGGUGGUUGGGGCCUGCGGCAGGCAAACCGCCCGCGCGCGGGGGAGAAGAGCGGGGGGUGUUGAAAGAAAUGAGACGCAAAUGUCAAAAGAACCCGGCCUUUCGGUGGCCAAGGCCUCAGAUUCUGGGUGGAACUAG